UACGAGAAGAGAACCAUUUGAUGGAAGAUAAGAAAAAGAAAAAGCAAGAAGAGAAGAAAAAGAAAGAAGCUGCUCAGAAAAAGGCCACAGAACAGAUAACCAAAGAACUGCCCCCACAGAGUGGCCAGGGAGCCCAGUAUGAUAAUCCCCUUUGGGGACACCUGCCAGCCAACAGGAGUGCCACAAGUGCUGCAACUUCCACCAAUAUCAGUGUCUGGGAUCAACUGAUCAUUGACAAGAAGAACACAGAGGCUUGGCCUUGUAUUUCUCUUAGCCAGAGCCAGGCCCCUCCAGGAGGAUGCCCUUUGGACACUGACCCAGGUCAUUUGACCAGCAGCAGCAGCAGCAGUACUAGUAGUAGUAGUAGUUGUAGUACAGCAAGUAUGGCCACAGGGGCCAAUAGCCAGACAGGCCACUUUCCUGCCAACCAUUUGGGCAGCAAGGUCAACAGUGGGCCCAGCCCUGCCAAUCAUACUGGAACCAGUAUGCACUCUAGCCAGGUUGCAGCCAAUCGCAGCUGGGGCUCUGGGCCUGGGCCCUCCCACUGCCCCCCUCAGUCCUCAGUGGGGAGUGAAGGGAAGAGUGACCCGGUGGGAGGAGGCAGCAGAGGGUGGGGCUGUUCUUCAUCAUCCUCUACCACCAACUUUAACUUGAACUUGAACCCUAAUGCCAACCCAUCUGCCUGGCCCAUGUUGGGGCAUGAUGGUGGCACAGGGGGAGGCAGCUCAGGGGGAGCCAACACCAUUUCACCUCCUCAACCUACACCCAACCUCUGUAACCCCUCUGGCCCCCCACCAGCCCAGACCAGCACCUGUACCGGAGCCAACACUAACAGCAACUCCUCGGGGAUUGGCAGCGCCUGGGGUAGCAUGAUGGCAUCUGAAACAUCAGAGCCACACCCCUCCCCGUCCACGAAUGUGUCUUUCAGUUCAGAACCUCAGAACCUUAAAACUGAUGGACCAAAUCACACUAAUAAGCAGGAACCCCCCAGCCCCAUCCACAACUUGCCUGGCUGGGGUGGUGCACCUGUAGGCUUGGGUUCCAUGGGCCAGCACCCACCAGGAGCCCCACAAGUCAAUGGAGAAGAUGGUAGCUCAGUAUGGGGUAACAGUGGUGAAUCAAAGGCACCUUCAUCUAAGGACGCAUCUGGCUGGGACUCUGGCUGGGGCCAUGGUGGAGGUGGAUCAGGAAACUCUGGAGGCUGGGGGAAGCAGCACACUGAAGAGUCCCAGGGAGGCUGGGAUGGCCCCACCUCUCCUCCACAGGAUUCACAGGCUAGUCCUUGGAGCAGAGCUGUGAGCACAACUGGUGCCAGUGAGGGGAGCAGUGACAGCAUGGAAGGAAACCCCCAGUGCAGAGACCGCUCAUCCAGAGAUAAUCCAGCUCCUCCUCUGCCUGCCCAAGAUCUGGACCCCAGGGUGCUGUGUAACACUGGCUGGGGACAGACCCCUGUUCGCCAGCACACCACCUGGGACAUGGACGAUACUAAACGCAAGAAUGAUGCAGGCACUGAAACAUGGGGCUCUGGUCCAACCAGUUCAAGCGAUGCCCAGGGGCCCACCAACACUAACAUGGGCCCCUCUCAGAGGACUGAUUCUGGAAGCAAAAAUGAUGUGCCUGCUUCUCAGGGAGCUUCACGUUGGGGAGGAAGCAUAGCUGCUACCAACCAGACCAGCUCUGGUUGGGGAGAGCCAACCAACAACAUUAAGCCCCCAGGUGGCCCUGGUGGCUGGGGAAAUCCACCAAAAGGAGGCCCUACCACCAGUAUAGCCAAGAAUAGUGGUCAGUCCUGGGGAGAGGAGAAGUCGAAAGGGUGGGAUGAUUCUCACAUCAAGGCCACAUCCCAGGGCUGGGGAGAGCAACCCAAAGCAUCCCACAAUUGGGGCAAUAGUGGAGGGAGCAAUAAUGCAGGGGACUGGAGAGAACCAGAAGAGAACAAAAAGAGUCCCACCAACCCUGGCUGGGAGGGAGAAUCAGGAGGCUGGAAGGAAAACCCACGUAGCUGGGGAAUACCUGCUGCAGGACCUGGAAUAUCUGGAGCUGGAGGAAAUGGGGGCUGGGGAGAGCCAGUUAGCCAGCAUCCCAGUGGGCCUUCCCAAGGUUGGGGGGGCAAGCCUCAGGAUGGACCCAGUGGUACCAGUGGAGGUAUAGGCUCUUGGGGUGGCUCAGGCCCAGUGAAGCAGAGUGGAGGCUGGAGUGGCAGUAAGCAGGAGACCUCAGCUGAACCUACAGGCUGGGAAGAGCCCUCCCCAACUUCAAUCCGACGUAAAAUGGAGAUAGAUGAUGGGACCUCAGCUUGGGGCGACCCUGGUACCUACAGCAAGGCAGUCAACCUGUGGGACAGGAACAAUCCAGGAAUGUCCCAGGCUAAAGCUACCACUGGAGGCAAUAACCCCCCAGGCCCUAACAACAACAACCAUCCGCACUCUCACAAUCACCCCUAUCAUGGGCCACCUGCACCUUUACAAAAUCACACCCAAAAUACCCCAAACCAAGGCCCCACCAGUGGGCCUAUGGAACCUGUUGUGCAACACCAGUCUGGGCCACCUCACAACAGAGUUCCCCUUAUAGCUCAAGGUUGGGGAGAGCCACCCAGCUCCCACACAAAAUCAGAGAGUUCAUGGGGGGAGUCCGCACCUUCAGCGGUGUCAGUCAGCGUGGACAAUGGUACGUCUGCCUGGGGAAAACCUACUGGGAGCUGUGGGGGCUGGGGAGACAGCAACCCAGACAGCUAUGGUAGGGGCAACCCAACUAUGCCAUCUGCAUCUUGCAAACCUGCCCCCAAACCUAUGCAAGAUGGAUGGGGAGGUGGAGGUGAAGAGCUAAGCCUGUCGGGGGGUCAGUGGGAUGCUGAGGAGGGAGACAUGUGGAACAACACUGCCUCCCAGGAGAGCAACUCCUCCUGUAACUCGUGGGGCAAUGCAUCCAAAAAGGGCCCACAGAAGGGGAAGAUACCAGGGAAGCAGGAAGAUACAUGGAUCAUGAAUCGUCUUAUCAAACAGCUGACAGACAUGGGCUUCCCUAGGGAUCCAGCAGAAGAGGCUCUGAAGAGCAACAACAUGAACCUGGACCAGGCUAUGAGUGCCCUGCUGGAGAAGAAGACAGAGCUGGACAAGCGGGGGAUGGGAAUGGCCGGCCAUGACUACAACAACGGGCUCAUCAACAAGCCCAUGAGUUGCCAACGGCCUCCGCUUCUUUCCAAAGACCCCUCAGCAGACCCCCGCUUGCCCUUCAUGGAUAAGAUGCAGAGUGGAAUGUUUGGUGGUGGUGGAGCAGCACAAGCCCGGGCCAUGCAGCAGCCGCCUCCUCAGCCGAUUGUGCCACCUCUCAGCUCCUCUCAGCCUAAUACACGUGCUCAAGUGCCUCAGUUUCUCUCCCCUCAGGUUCAAGCACAGCUCUUACAGUUUGCAGCAAAAAACAUUGGUCUGAAUCCUGCACUUUUAACCUCACCAAUAAACCCUCAACAUAUGACCCUUCUGAAUCAACUUUACCACCUGCAACUGGCAUACCAGCGUUUACAAAUUCAGCAGCAGAUGUUGCAGGCGCAGCGGAACGUUUCUGGCCCCAUUCGACAACAAGAGCAGCAAGUUGCACGUGCAAUCAAUAACAUGCAGCAGCAGAUCCAACAGAACCAGCGUCAGCUGGCCCAGGCCCUGCUAAUGAAGCAACAGCAACCACCCCCCUCCCAUUCUGGCCUGCAUCCUAGUCAGGUCAAAUCCUCUCUGGAUUCAUUUCCAGGUCACCCCCAGGCUCCAGGCCUGCCUGACCUGCAGACCAAAGAGCCGCAGUCAUCUAACACCUACAGCCCCUACUCUCUCUCUGGACUGAAUCCAAACAUGAAUGUAAACUGCAUGGAUGUGGGAAGUCUAUCUAUGAAGGACCCCCCUCAGCCCCAAUCACGCCUGUCGCAGUGGACACACCCCAACUCCAUCGAAAGCCUCUCUGGAACCUCUUCUCCUCUGGAGUCCAACUUGAGCAAGCAUGGUGCCAACCUGGGCCCUCCUGGUAAACCUCCUCAGCUGGAGGACUCUUACAGUCCCUACAACCUGAUGUCCAGCUCAGAGUCUCCUACCAGCCCCCUGGUCCCCCCAGACAGCUGGGGGCAGGGAAAGAGCAGCAGUGACAAGAUGGCCAAUGGGACCAAUAUCAACUGGCCACCAGAGUUCUGCCCUGGUGUACCAUGGAAGGGCCUCCAGAAUAUCGACCCAGAGAAUGACCCCAACAUGACCCCUGGAAGUGUCCCGAGUGGGCCCACCAUCAACACCAACAUCCAAGAUGUCAACCGCUACCUGCUGCGAGACAGAAGUGGAGGUAAACUGUCAGAGAUGAAAUCUACUUGGUCUCCGGGCCCCAUUUCUCACAGCCAGGCUUCUCUGUCCCACGAGCUGUGGAAGGUCCCACAGGGCCCCCGGAGCAGCAGCACGGCCCCUUCCCGCCCCCCGCCUGGCCUCACAAACACCAAGCCUUCCUCAACCUGGGGGGGCAACUCUCUGGGUCUGGCCCAAGGCUGGAGCAGCUCUUACACCACAGCAGGUACCACAUGGAGUACAGACAGCUCCACCAGGACCAGUAGUUGGCUGGUUCUGAGGAAUCUUACUCCACAGAUUGAUGGCUCAACGCUGCGUACGUUGUGCAUGCAGCACGGCCCCCUUAUCACAUUUCACCUCAACCUGAUACAGGGCAGCGCUGUGGUGCGCUAUAGCUCCAAGGAUGAAGCUGCCAAGGCUCAGAAGUCCCUGCACAUGUGCGUGCUUGGGAACACCACCAUUCUGGCAGAGUUUGCCGGAGAGGAGGAAGUGAAUCGCUUCUUUGCACAGGGCCAGUCGCUUGGCGGAACAACCAGCUGGCAGGCCGCUCCAGGCACCAAUCAGACAAGGAUGGGUGGGACCGGGUCUGGAGCCUCUCACCCCAUUGGUCACUCACCCCACUGGAACAACAACAACAGCAGCAGCAGCAGCAGUAGCAGUGGGCUGGGAGCAGGUGGAGCAAAGACAGGCGGAGAGCUGCUGUGGGGUGGUGUGCAGCAGUAUUCCAGCCUGUGGGGACCCCCGAGUGGAGAGGAGGGACGGGUCAUGGGGAGUCCCACCCAAAUCAAUACGCUGCUGCCUGGGGACCUGCUGAGUGGGGAGUCCAUGUAGGACAGAAGAGCCCAGACUAAACAAACACCAACAGGAGCAAAAAUCUUUUGUUGCAAAUCAAUGUGGAGAUAAUCAACAUGGGUGUAACGGUGAAGGGAGAGACGAGAGGAUGACGAGGCUACAUCCUCGCUGCUCACCCUCGUCAACCUCCUCUACUCCUUGUUUUUAAAUGACAUUUCAGUUGCAGUUCUUUUGUGAAUCUCAGUGAGAGAUUUUGGUCACAGUGUUCAGCUUUUCCUUUUGGAGACACAGGAAGAAGUGUUUCAUUCAGAAAAAAGAAAAAGAAAAAAAACUUUUUACAGAAAUUAACUUUUGCGAACUCGCCGUGUGAAACAUGUACUUUAGUCAAACUGACACAAUGACGAGCUGCCAUCUUUUAACUUGCGUAAUCCCUCUCUGCCUUUUGAGGCAAUCAUACUGCACCUCAGAGAUCCAUGAAAAGGCAUCAUUCCCAAAGUAAAAUCCUUCAAUCAGAGUGGCUGUAGAACUUUCAGCUGGUCCAGACUCAACAUUUGUUUCUCUCAGCACUAAUAUUAGCCUUAACCUCUUUCCUGCCCUGCUAUCCUCACUCACUCUGUACUUGGUGAAGAAGCAUACGGACACUUGCACACCCUUAUUUCUGAGCCAGUGAAACCUGAGUGGAGAGUACAUGCUGCUGCGGCUUAACAUAAGCAACCACAGCUCACAACUUCAGUGCAUUUUUUUGCAAGCAGAUUGAGUUCCCCACACAAAUGCUCAAAGGGAAUGAUGCAACUCUGUUCGCCUCGUUCAAGCCAUUUAUUUUUGUAGUGUUUUUUUUUUAAAAUUUUCUUCUUGAACCAUUGCAAGCAAAGUUAAGAAAUGAUAUUAUUCAAAUGUGUCUGUCAAUCUUACGUGGAGGGGGGUUUAGGGUCGUCGCAUGUACAGUUACAGGCGUGAUGGACGACAAAAUGAACCACUGCUAUUACUAUGGAACUGUAAAGACAAACACUUCAAUGCACCUCAACUCAUCUGUGGGUUCAACCUCGCAGUUUGGUCUCAGUCUCGGACCUUCUCACUGAUGUUGUGGAAAACCUCAAGUCGUAAAUGUUUUCUCGCCUGUGUGCAGUCAAUGACCCCCCCCCCCGCCCCCUCCUCACCCCACCCUUCCUUGCUCCACGUGCAAAACAACAUUUCAAGUGACGUGCAAUAUAAGCCACAGACUCUACCGUCCAAGCACCCUAACCAUGACCUCUCACAGAAAGAGAGGAGACUAUGAGGAAUGAUUGAACUGCAAGAACUCUUAUCUGCCCUGCACCCCCACCCUAAAACUGCCACUACUAACCUUCAUCCCCCAACCCCACCCCCACCCCCAAGGUGUGUGAGCUCAGGAGAGUAGCAGGCUGGUCUUUAACCAUCUUCUGUCUGAAAUACAAGGACGUUCACUCAAAGCACUUCUUCAGCCAGCCUUCUCUCCACACCUAUGCCAGUGACUAGUUUUGGGGGACAGGGAGGGACAGGCGUGUGUGUGUGUGUGUGUGUCUCUGUGUAUGUGUGUGUGUGUGUGCGCGCGCGUGUGUAUGUGCUUGGGGAGAAGGCAUCAAACCAAAAUGAGAGGAGCCUGUUUCCUUUUUUUUCCUUUUUUUUUUACCCAGAAGACCUGAUGACCUUUUUUCUUUUGCCCAAAUUUGCGUCGGUAGAGAAGUAUGAAGCAAAGAUACUGGUUUGUGAAUAGGUGGUCUAUCAUAGCACUUAGCAAGAGCACUGCAGCUCAUUAUACCCUCAAUGCCAACAAAUAGAAGAAAGGAGAAGCAACACUGGCAAAUAAAAACUGAAAAAAGACAAAAAAGCAAUCUGCUUAGUGGCUUCUCUAUAUACUUAUUUUUUAACUUAACAUGGAUGUGAAGAUUUUUUUUUUUUUUUUUUCCAAAUCCUUCUUCCCUCAAGUGGAUGGGACCAGGAAGGAUGUCAAACAUGGUAGCAAAGUGAAGGGAAAUACAAAGAAAGAACUGACUCAACUGAUGAUGGGUGCAGCAGGGAAAACACCCCACAGCACCCAUCCUCACCCUCUUUUAUCAAAGUAAAUAUCACUGUUACAUUGCAUCAUUUGAAAUCUUUAGCCUUGGCGUCUGGAAAGGCUCGACGUGUUCAUGUUCUACUGGGUCCAGCAGGGAGGAUCGCCAUCUCUAUCGUCCUUUUUUUGUUUGUUUCGUUUUUGUUUUUUUUUGUCUUCUUCGUAUCGGAGGCCCUGCCAACCUGUGUGAUAGUGUGGCCACUGAGUGCCUGCCUGCUGCAGAGUGCCGUGCUCUGCUGCAGCCCUCACCCCGCCCUCCCGCUUCGCUCGCUCGCUGCCUCCCUGCAGAUCCUUACAAACUGGCUUCCCUCCUCCUCUUCCUCCCAUAGGCCUCCGGGCCAAGAGCAGCUCUUUCAGAACUGGCCCACCUGUAUUAAAUUUACUACUACUGCUGCGCCAGAGUCUGUCCUCAGCAACCUCCACUUCCACUCUCUCUGUCUCUCUCCUGCAAGGAUCACUUUAGCCAGAGAUGGAGGCGUUUAAUGUGUUUGUUUGUUUUUUUUCUUUCUUUGAUUCACUUAUGGAGUUGCCAGUGUGCAUUGUUAUUUUAUUGUUGUCAUGAAGUUUGCUGUUAUUGUUGCUGUUAUCAUUGAUGAUAUAGUUAAUGAUUGUUUUCUGAUGAUGAAUUCAUGGCUUUUUAAUAUUGGUCUUUAUGCAGUGUUCAGCUUCUCUCCUGCCCCUCCUGUUGCCUCCUUGGCAGAACCAGUUUGAAGUUUAGAGAUACGCCUCUGCUGCCCAACAAGGUCUGGAUGAAAGGCAAGGCCAUAUGAAACACUGCAGAUCUCCAAUCAGACAGUAAAACUGAGCAGUCAAAUCGAAUUGGAAAGGUAGUAAAUGUUAUAUGGACUGAAUUAAUACAGCGCCUUUCUAGUCUUCCGACCACUCAAAGCGCUUUACAGUACAUGUCAUAUUCACCCAGUUAUACACACUUUCGUACACUGAUGGCAGAGGCUGCCAUGCAAGGUGCCUGCUCAUCAGGAGUCUCUAAUCAUUCACACGCACACAAACACACACUGAUGGAACAGCCUUCGGGAGCAAUUUGGGGUUCAGUAUCUUGCCCGAGGACACUUCAACACGCGGACUGGAGGGGCCGGGGAUCCUAUUAGUAGGGGGCCCGCUCUACCUCCUGAGCCACAGCCUCGUGUAAUCACAGAUUCUCCAGCAUAGUGAGCGAUCUCUACACUAUGUUGUCUCAUAACACACACAUCCUUUAGUGUUGAUGGGCCUCACUCACACUGGUGCUUUAUGUUUAACUCUGGAAGCACUCAGUUACACUUAGAACCACCUCAACUGAUAGCCUUCCAUUUCUAUGCAAAGACAAGGAGGUGUUCGUUCACAGCCAUCUAGAAAAAUCACAGCCACCCCCCCCCACAUCUGCCAAUCAUCACUUACCUCUCAACUUUUACUACCAGGCAGCUUCCCUUGAACCCCCCCCUCCCCCAGAUUAAAUGAAGGGGACAGUGAAAAAGCCUCUCUUCAAGGGUUUAGUCUCCCACUGUGUGGACAGAGCUACUACAUGACACUAAAUGACCUGCUGGAGGCACUAGUGGUUGGCAAACGUUUCUUCAGUCUUGUGCCAACUGAUCUACAAAUAUCUACUUCCACCUCGCCAUAUCCUAAUUUAUCUUUACCAUGACGAAACUUUGAUCGCUGCAGGGGCGUACAUCACAAGCUUCAGCUGUAGGAGGCUCAAGGAGUAGAAGGGCAGGACAGAUGAAUGGUGCUGCUGGUCUUUCACCAACAGGGGACUGGAAUUUUAGUGGCUGCAGGAGAAGGGGGGUGGGGGGGGUGGUCCCUGUAUGUGUCUGUGCACUGUUUAUGGGUCACAUCGGGUACAUCUCUUUAAAAACCAAAAACAUUAUCUUUUUCUUUAUCAUCAAGGUUUUUCGCAAAAACUAGAAACUACAAAAAGAAAAAAGAGAAAAAAAAAAGUCUGUUUCAGCUGUGCACUCCAAAGCUGAGAUGCCUGUGUUCUGUUUCUCUGCAAGCUGCCACCUACUCGCCCCGUCUAGGCUCGUUCUCUGGGCCACAUCUGGGGAAGCUGUAUCCACGAGGUUCACUCUGGACCUCCAACCUGAUGGUCGUGCCAGCUAAUAUACAACAGGUCAUUUCUGCACAUCUGGCUUUGGGGUCGAGGUCCAAGCAGGGACCCAACGUAUCAGCAGAAACAAGGACACACCUCAAGUUCGGUACCAAGUCUUAAAAUUUAGGGGAUUUGCCCUCUUCCAGAGUCCCUCGAGACUCGUGUCAUUCAACAAAACAAUCACUAUUGCCUGUGUUGUUUGUUUGCGUGUCUGUUCGUUCCUGAAAACCUGCAUUUACUCCACACUGGACUUGAAUCAAGGAACUGGCGUUGAAGUGGGGAGUUGAAUAGAGUGGGAGGACGGGUGACUGGGACGGAGGUUGUGUCUCAGAUGUGCCCUGGAUUUCUUGGCGCAGCACCAGCACUGAGAGCCCCGCCCCCCUCCCACACCCCUCACCUGCACUAUUAUCUACCUGUCUAGUGUUGGAAAUCAGAUGCUCUCCCUUUUUAAAGUCACACGGACUCAAAGGAAACUGGAGCACGAGGAAAAUAUGCUUCUCAAUCAUGGAUCAGACAAGGGUCUGGGACAGGGGCCCCAAAAAGAGUUGAAUUAGCAAAUCUCUCUUUUAAAAAAAACAAAAAAAAAAACAAAGGCCUGGGUUGAAUAUGCACAUGCUAGUUCAUAUACAGUAUACAACCAAGAGUACGUACGGGCGUAUGUGUGUAUAUGGCUAGAUCUCUGUUUUCCACUUAGCCUACGCCCUUUCCCCCUGUGCCCUGGCUUCAGCCCUUACCCUGUGUAUCCUCCUUCAACAUGAUAUUUCCCAGAAGACAAGAUCAUAAACAUAUCAGAGUAAUACAAAAUAAUGAAAACAAAUACUUGAAUCAAAAGAAGCGCCAAUAAUGUAAUGUGAACACUUUUUGUAGUGGUUUUUGUCUCAUUCAUACACUUCAGAGAUUUUUGAUAGCAUCAGUUCAGAGUGAAUUUAAUUUGAAAUACGAGUGUUGUUGAAAACAAAGAUUGAUUAUAAAGGCAAAUUUACAUCUGUUGUAUUUGAGUGUUUGCACAAGGCUGCUUGUACUGUAUGUUGUAUGAAUGAAUGUUUAAUGUGUGUGUGUGUGUGUGAGGUGAAAAUAUGCGAGAGCUCGUGAUUACAGCGGAGGAAUUUCCGCCUUGUGUUUCUUUUCAAUUCAGUAUACUUUUGUUGUUGAUUUGUUUGGUUUUUUUUCUUUUUGCUUGUCAAAAAUAUAUUCUGAUGUUAAUUGUUACUAGCCUCUAGCGUUGCACUGAGUGUCGACCUCACCCCUCAUCCAGCUAAACGAACAACAUGAUACAAGUACUGAGGGGAGACGGGGACAGUUCAUGUGUAAGUGUUUACUCAAGGACUAAAAUAAGUGUGUUUUUAAAAAUGUAAUGUUUAUCUACCUUAGUGGCUUUCAUUGUGGAAUAAUCCAAGAAAGUAUGGAUCAUAUUUGAGUAUUGCACCAUUUUUCAGACUAUAAACCUAAAAAAAACCUGAAAACUGAAAAAAAAAAAUCACAUAUGUAUAAAAAAAAAAUGCAGCAAAAAAAAGUAUUUUGCAGACCUGUGGCCAUAGAUUGGGGUAGAACGACUUCUGCUCUCCCUAAUCUGAGCAACAGAGAGAGAGUGAAGGACAAGACAUCAGACUGAGCCUCGACUUCUAGGGCUCACCUCAGCGGUGCCUACCUUUUUGGUUUGUUAGCUUUCGUUCUGUUUUCACUUAUGUUCAUUUCACUCAUGUUGUCGUUUGUUUUCCUGCAAGGCCACUGACAGUUUACAAACACUUAGUUUAUUUCUGGAGUUCAAAAAGAAAAAAAAAUAAAUCAGCAAAACAAAGGAAUUAUACCAUGGGAAUGUUGGAAAAAGAAAAAGAAAAAAAAAAGGACAAAUGCUUCCAUUUUUAAAAAAAAGUGCAACACAACACUUCACAGAAUGAAGAUUUCUUGUGCUACUUUCAGAACUCUGGG